AUGUCAGCUCAAGAUUCUGUUAACAUUAUUCAAAGAGAAAUCGACAGUUUAAAAUCGACUGGUGCUAUUGAUGAUCAUUUAUAUGGUCAAUUCAGAGAACUAUUAAACAAAGUUAAUUCUUCUUCUCCCGUAUUGGAGUAUGUUGAAGCCAUUUAUCCAUUUGCUGCUCAACAAGAUGGUGAUUUGAGUUUGCAGCCAGGAGAUAAAAUUCAAGUUUUGGAAAAAAUUAGUCCUGACUGGUAUAAAGGUAAAUGUGAUGGUAAAGUUGGUGUUUUCCCAAGCAAUUACGUCAAGCCUGCUUUCAGCGGCUCAUCUGCUUCCAGAUCUGCUGCUACAACCCCAGCUGCGGCUCCUCAAUACAGCGGUUCGUCCCAACAACCCUUUCCACCACAGUUUACUGGUUAUUACCAACAACCUCAACAACCAGUUGUUGUCCAACAACCAGUAGCCCAGCCAGUAGCCCAGCCAGUAGCCCAGCCAGUAGCCCAGCCAGCACCUCAGGAACAUCAUCACAGCGCUUUGAAGAAAUUUGGUAGUAGUUUAGGUAAUGCUGCUAUUUUUGGUGCUGGUGCUACUAUGGGUUCAGAUUUAGUGAACAGUAUCUUUUAA